UUUACGUCCUUCUUAAUCGCAAGGGUAACGGUUAUUUAUUGAAUUAAAUAAUUAAGCCAAAGCGAAAAACGAAGGGGUCUAAAUUAUUGCAGAAAUGAACUGUUUGCUUCUUUGCUCUACGUUGCUGCCCAUAAUUCCGUUUCAAAACUUACUGAGGAAAAAAAAAUGGAAUUUAACCUUUCCUCCGAAACGGUGAAAAAACAAACUCCUCCCUCGUUCUGACUUGAAAUUCCUGUUCUGUAUUGGUAAAUCGAUGGUACUUUCUACCCAGCUGUAGUGUAGAUGUUCAUUCCGUCUUUUUGAAUUUAUCAAAACUUUUGAGAAGACCAAAGAUACAGUUUUAGUUCUUAGGGGAAUUUUGUGCACUGCUGUAAUUCAAGUUCACUGUACUUAGAAAUAUAGAAUUAAGCAUAUACUCAUGGACACAGAAACGCUGCUUGUCAAUGUUCAAAAAUGGAUUGAACAAAACAAAGAAGCUUUCGUUCCACCUGUGUGCAACAAACUGAUGCAAAUUUCCCAGUUGAACAUCAUGUUUGUAGGAGGCCCAAACACAAGGAAGGACUAUCACAUUGAAGAAGGAGAAGAGCUAUUUUACCAGCUCCAAGGGGACAUGUGUCUGAAGGUGAUUGAAAAUGGAAAACACAAGGACGUGCACAUUCGAGAAGGGGAGAUGUUCCUGCUGCCCGCACGGAUCCCUCACUCCCCACAGAGGCAGGCCAACACUGUGGGACUGGUGGUGGAGAGGAGGAGGCUCCCGUCAGAGACCGAUGGUCUGAGGUAUUACAUUGAGAACACCACAGAUGUGCUCUUUGAGAGGUGGUUCUACUGUGAAAACCUGGGAACCCAGUUGGUGCCAAUCAUCCAAGAGUUUUUAAACUCUGAGCAGCACAGAACCGGCAAACCUAAACCAGAGGAAAUGCUGAAACAGCCUCCAUUUCAUUUCAACACCACCCACGUGAUGACUCCCUUUUCCUUCAAGGAUUGGAUUAACAAGCACAGGCAGGAUCUGGCCAAGGGCCGUAAUCUCGACAUGUUUGGUGCACAGUUCGAAACAGAGACGGUGUUAUAUGGGGCAGGGGAAAGUGAGGGAUGCAAACUCUACGCUGACAUAUGGAUUUGGCAACUGGAAGGAACAUCGCAAGUGACGCUGAAUGAUCAAGCUUUCUCCCUGUCACCAGAAGACAGCCUGCUUAUCCCAGGACAGUCUGAGUAUCGGUGGAAAAGAAAUGAAGGAUGCAUAGCUCUGUACGUCGUGCAAGAUCCAGAAAGAAAGAAAUCUUUUUCAUAAAUCUUUAACUACUUACAAAAACACCAGGAUUGAGUUCACUAAUCCAGUUCACCAGACAGUAUUGAGUUCACUAAUCCAGUUCACCAGACAGUAUUGACUUCAUUAAUCUAGUAUCAUUGCUGCUAAUUUUUUUUCUAGAUGCUAAACACUUUGGAUUUCAUCCCCAAAAAAUGAAUUGGUUUAUAUUUCCAUAAUUGCCGUUUCAAAUUAUGUGGAGUACCACAAACUUCUUUAACCAAGAGGCUUUGUUUGUUUCUUAUUUAAAAAAUGUCCAACACACAAUGGAGUCUGGAUCAUGUUACCAGCAAAGUCUGACCAGGAUUCCUGAGGCAGUGGUACACAGCUGACUCUUCCUGAGCCCUCCUGGGCACCUUCAGGCUUGCACUGAUGUAAGAGAGGGAUGUAUCUCUCCCCCAGUUCCCCUAUAUUGUGUGUUGUCUGAGCGCUGUUGCGCCUCUAUGUGAUUAUAGCCUUUUAUGUGAACAAUGUAAAAUUACUGCUCAAUUGUAAAAUGUGAAUUUUAUGAAGGUGAUAGUGUCAGCAUGAAUUAUAAAGAAAUGUGUUUAUUUAAUUUGAAAAUAAUUCCACAAUGCUACAUUAAAGUAAGUUAUAAAGAUCAAA